GCGGUCGUUGCUAGGGUGAGUGCACCAGCGCUAGCUGCUGUCGUUGGCGAGCUAGAAAUUAUCUAUAGAGUAAGCAUGCUAAUAUUGAAUAAGACAGCAGGAGUUUUUUCUAAACAGUCAAAAAGGAAAGUUUAUGAAUUUUUAAGAAGUUUUAAUAUUUAUCCUGGACCACCGUCUCUUCAUAAACUAGUAUUGGGAAUUGAAACUAGUUGUGAUGACACAGCAGCUGCUGUGGUGGAUGAAACUGGAAAUGUUCUGGGAGAAGCAAUACAUCACCAAACUGAGGUUCAUUUAAAAACAGGUGGGAUUAUUCCUCCAGUUGCUCAACAGCUUCACAGAGAAAAUAUUCAACGAAUAGUGCAAGAAGCCCUUUCUGCCAGUAGAAUCUGUCCAAGUGAACUCUCAGCAAUUGCAACUACUAUAAAACCAGGACUUGCUUUAAGCUUGGGGGUAGGCUUAUCAUUUAGCUUACAGCUAGUAGACCAGUUUAAAAAGCCAUUCAUUCCCAUUCAUCAUAUGGAGGCUCAUGCACUUACUGUUAGGUUGACCAAUAAAGUAGAAUUUCCAUUUCUAGUUCUUUUGAUUUCUGGAGGUCACUGUCUAUUGGCAUUAGCUCGAGGAGUUUCAGAUUUUCUGCUUCUUGGGAAGUCUCUGGAUAUGGCACCAGGUGACAUGCUUGACAAGGUGGCAAGAAGACUUUCUUUAAUAAGACAUCCAGAGUGUGCUACCAUGAGUGGUGGGAGAGCUAUAGAACAUUUGGCCAAACAAGGAAAUAGAUUUCAUUUUGAUAUCCAACCACCCAUGCAACGUGCUAAAAAUUGUGAUUUUUCUUUUUCUGGACUUCAAAAUAUUACUAAUAAAAUAAUAACGCAAAAGGAAAAAGAGGAAGGUAUUGAGAAGGGGCAAAUCCUGUCUUCAGCUGCAGACAUUGCUGCCGCAGUACAGCACACAACAGCAUGCCACAUUGCGAAAAGAACACAUCGAGCUAUUCUGUUCUGUAAGCAGAGAGAGUUGUUGCCUCAAAGUAAUGCAGUACUGGUUGUAUCUGGAGGUGUUGCAAGUAAUUCAUAUAUCCGCAAAGCUCUGGAAAUCGUAACCAGUGAGACACAGUGCACUUUGUUGUGUCCUCCUCCCAGACUGUGCACUGAUAAUGGUGUUAUGAUUGCAUGGAACGGUAUUGAAAGAUUACGUGCUGGCUUGGGCAUCUUACACAACACAGAAGGCAUCCGCUAUGAACCAAAAUGUCCCCUUGGAGUAGAUAUAUCAAAAGAAGUUGGAGAAGCUGCCAUAAAAGUACCACGAUUGGAAAUGAAGAUUUGA